CUGCAAGUUGCAGUUGCAUAAAUACUAUAUAUAAAUAGUUUCUUCUUUUUCAUAUAUUCAUGGAACCAAUUAGAGAAAGCGAAGAACACAACAAUAAUUCAGAAGAUUGUUGUGGUGAGAACUCAAAGAACUCAAAAUCAUUUGGAAAGAAAUGUAGUCAUAUAUCAAAGAAACAAAGGGCUAAGUUUUACAUUGUAAGAAGAUGCAUUGCUAUGCUUGUGUGUUGGCGAGAUAGGAAAGAUCACUGAAGAUUGAAGAUUGAAGAUGUUCUCAUAACUUGCCUGCAGAUUAUAGCUUUUGUAGAGAAGAAGGUGUACUUAGAGAUUUAUCUAAGAGUAUGUUGAUAUAAUCCUCAAAAGUUUGAACUUAUUUUAAGCUAAUUCUAUUUAUUUGUAGUGUUCUUUGCUCGAUCAAACAUAUUACG